AUGAUGAACCUUAACACCCUCUUGAAAGUUUCAUCUUUUUUUCUUCUAGUGCAACUUCAAUAUUCAGUUGCUCUUAACUCUGAUGGAAUUUUCUUGCUUAAUUUCAGAUACUCAAUCCUUAGUGACCCUUUAUCAGUCUUUGAUAACUGGAACUAUGAUGAUGCAACUCCAUGUUCAUGGCAUGGAGUUGCAUGCAGUGAAUUAGGAACUCCUAAUACACCUGAUUCCUUUAGAGCAACUAGCUUAAUCCUUCCAAAUAGUCAACUUCUUGGUUCCAUUACAGAAGAUUUAGGCCUAAUCCAAAACCUUAAUCACAUUGAUCUCUCAAACAAUUUCCUUAAUGGUUCAUUACCAAACACUAUCUUCAACUCUUCUCAACUACAAUAUCUUUCACUCUCCAACAAUGUCAUCUCAGGUAAACUACCUGAGUUGAUUGGUUUAUCAACAAACCUUCAAAUUCUCAACCUUUCUGAUAAUGCCUUUGUUGGUUCCAUACCAAAAAACCUUACUUCUCUACAAAAUCUAACAUUUGUUUCUUUAAAAAGUAACUAUUUUUCUGGUCAAAUUCCAAAUGGGUUCAACUCAGUUGAGAUUCUAGAUCUGUCCUCAAAUUUACUCAAUGAAUCUCUUCCAAGUAACUUCCAAGGCCAAAAUCUUCAAUACUUCAAUCUUUCUUAUAACAAACUCUCAGGGGCAAUUCCACAAACAUUUGCUAAGCACAUUCCUGAAAACUCAACAAUUGAUCUCUCUUUCAACAAUCUAACAGGUCCAAUACCUGAAUCUAUGGCUUUACUCAAUCAAAAAACAGAAUCAUUCUCUGGAAAUUCUGAUCUAUGUGGUAAACCACUGAAAAAUCUUUGUACUAUUCCUUCUAGUAUCUCUACUGCACCAGAAAAUAUCACAAACGUUGGCAACAAAAAAUGUUUUUCUUUCCUUCUCUCUUUUUUUCUUCGAAAUUAUUCUUUGUUGUUUCAGUCAUAA